CUCUGCUACAUUUAGGUCACCAUGCCAGCGGGAAAACAUCAACGGAGCAGCUUCAUUCUGUUGAUAAUGGCUUUGUCAGUCAUGUAGGAGGACUGCAGGGUCCAUGGCUGUUGGACUGCCUCUGGGUCAGAGUGUGAAAACGUUCCUCCUGUCCCAGGCUACAACCUGGCAGGAGAGGGCUUCGAUGUGGUGAAGAUGAGUCGAACGGGCACGUAUGCCAUCAACGUCACAGCUUACCUGGAUGACAACAGCCCCUGCACACUGUGUCCCAACCGGUUAGAAAACGGACAGAUUCAGAAGCUUCCAGCGGCGGUGCUGGACUGGCGUCCCUUCAGCCGCUGCAGUAAGCAGCUUUCUAGUGCCCUGCACCACUCGGUGGAUUCCCUGCUGCGCAGCUCCAACUCCCUGGUUAGCAACAACUGGAACGUGGAUUUGGGCCUCGACAACUUUGGCACGGCAGUGCUGGGAGGAAGCAAAUCCGAACUGGCAAAGUUUGCUGUUCAACAGCACGGCGAGGGCAUGACCACUUUUGCCACCCAUGAACUCAGUUGCACCUUCUACAGCUACAGGCUGGCUAAUCAUCCCCAGCUGAGUACAGAAUUUACUAAGCAUCUGAACCGACUCCCACCGAGUUUAAUCACAAGCCAGGACAGAGCCGAGUACAGACGUCUGAUGGAAACCUAUGGAACACACUAUUUACACCAGGUCAAACUUGGCGGAAAGGUGAAGCGAAUCACUGCCUUCAGGACCACACUGAAUGGUUACUCGGAGUCCGAGAUCAAUGAAUGCCUGAAGUCCGAAUUCCAAAUGGCUCUAGGUCUCCUCCCUGCUACAGCAUCCUUGUCCAACACAUGUGACAACAUCUUGAAGGGCAAUAUGAGUAUCAGCAUGGGCUCCUACCAAGCCUUCAUAACCCACAAGACCGAGGUAAUCGGAGGGGGGGGGGGGGGGAUCCUCAACCAGCAAGACCCAUCUGAAGCAUACCGCAGCUGGAUGAACAGCCUCCACGACAAACCUGAUGUGGUUUCCUACGCCAUCCUCCCUCUGCACCGUUUGGUGGGGGACUCGCAGAUCAGUGCCAAUCUGAAAAGCAUUGUCACUCUCUACAUUAAAGAGAACCAGCUGCAUCCUGCUUCCAAGAGCCGCCCGACUCGUACUGGCAGAGGAACCCUCAGACUGUGGAAUCUUAGAGCUAGACGCUUGAAUUCGGACCCCUUCUCACGAACAGACGCCUACGUGAAAAUUUACUACCACAAGUAUUACCAGUAUUCUGAUACGAUAGAUGAAAACAAUUACCCACGGUGGUACCAAACCUUUGAUUUUGGUUAUGUUGAACUGUCUCACAAGCUGAGGUUGGAAGUCUGGGACGAGGAUGUGCACUAUGAUGACCACAUUGUGACAUGUUCGAAUUAUGUUGAGAGGGGAACUCACGAUAUGAUCUGUGAGUUCAGUCAAAUUCCCGGAUCUCUUGAAUUCACCUACUCCGUCACAUGAGAUGCUCACUUGAGAUCCAUUAGGUGUGGAAGCUACUCCCCCAAUUGCUUAAUAGGUUGUUGGUGACAAUGUUUCAACAUGGAUUUACAUAUAUAGAUGAUGUUUAAGUGUAAUAUAUUUGGCAUUUUAUAAUUACAUUUGAACUAUAAACAUAAAAAUGUAAUAUUAUAAUCUUGUAGUAAACAUUAAUUAAACCAGAAACCAGUUGUCUUCUAUGUAAACAAUGUCUUGUAAUGUUUCUGCAUUUAUUAACCAAAGUCAAUGUCCUUCUUCCAUCAUACAUAACCAAAUAAAGAAAUGUCGAUUCAAGACAUGGCUAAAUA